UUUCAUUUAAUCUUUUAAAUUUAAUGUUGAUACUGUUUUCUAGAGAAAUUAUUUUAAAAAAAUUAUUGGUAAUAUUCCUGAUACUAGUAAUGGUUUGGAUACCUGCUAUAGUAUUGUAGAUUAUUUUUUUGAGAAAAAAUUUAUGGUGCAGUGUUCGUGGACGGGAGGAAGUAGAAGCAACACUGAAAAAUGUUGUAUUAAAAAUUGCAAAAAUAUUUUAGAAGUGUUUUUUACAAUAGUCCAAAGUUCCAAUAAAGAUUUUUCGAAGGCUUUGUUGAAAAAAUUUAUAAUUGGAAUUACAAGAAAUGCAAAGAAGCGUAGUUUAACUGGAGGCAUCCGCCAAUCUUCAAUACAUAGAAGAAAAAAAUCAAUGGUUAAAAAACAACGUUUAAGUGGAAACAGAAAAGGUGUUGCUCAAAGACAAGGCGAAAAUGAAAUUUUUUAUGAAAAUGAGCAAUCAUUUAAUGAAGAAAAAGAAUAUGAUGAAGAUAACGAUGAAUAUGGUAUGGAAAAAUAUGAAGCUGACGGUGAAGAUGCUAUAAUAGAACAUGACGAGGUUGAAGAGGAAGAUAAUAAUGAUACAGACACGGACUAAAAGAACAUUUUUAUUAAAAAAACUUUUUAAUUUACAUUCAAGUUUUGUUUAUUUUUAAUAGUGUGUAGAAGAGGAAUAAAAACAAUUUUACUUUCA